CGACUUUUCCGAAGAAGACAAACCAGGAACAGCGGUGCCUUUGGAGUUUUCCGACGACAAAUCAAAUAUCCAGAGAUAACGUUCAUGGAUGAUGCGUUGAUAUAUACGAGCGCUCAGAUCAGGUAAGGAUUAGGAAAUCCGCCAUUGCAGGUCAUGGAUUCGAUUUCUAUGGUGCGCUUGGUCUUGCCGCUGCUCCUGUUAACUCUCCCCACCGCCAUCAGCUUCGGUUACCCGGCGGUCUUCAAUUUCGGAGAUUCCAAUUCCGACACCGGCAAUUUUCUCGCCGGAUUGGGCGGAAGCCUCGGCUUGCCGAACGGACGGUCUUACUUCCACAGACCUGCUGGAAGGUUCUGCGACGGUCGCUUAAUCGUCGAUUUUUUGAUGGAUGCGAUGGAUUUGCCGUUUUUGAAUCCGUAUCUGGAAGCAAUCGGAGCUCCGAGUUUUUACCGCGGAUGCAACUUUGCGGCGGCGGCUUCCACCAUACAUCCGGCGAGGGGAGACUCCAUUAGUCCUUUCUCAUUGGGGAUACAGGUGGCUCAGUUUGUGCGAUUCAAGGAGAAGGUUCGAGAGAUCCAGGCUCAAUCGAGGAAUUUGGGCAAAUACAUUCCAGGCGAGGAUUACUUGGAGAAUGCACUCUACAUGUUUGAUAUUGGGCAGAAUGAUCUCGCCGGCGCAUUCUAUUCCAAGACUCUGAAGAAAGUUCUGGCAACAAUUCCAACCAUUAUGUCGCAGUUUGAAAGUGGAAUCCAGAAAUUAUACUACGAAGGAGCAAGAAAUUUUUGGAUUCACAACACGGGCCCUCUCGGUUGUCUACCUCAGAACAUCGCUAAAUUUGGUAGCAAUGAUCCGAAAAAGCUCGACGAACAUGGAUGUGUUCGCACCCAUAAUCAAGCUUCCAAGAUUUUCAAUUCUCAACUUUUUGGCCUAUGCAAGAGGCUACGAGUCCAAUACGCCGACGCCAAAUUCACACACGUCGACAUCUUCGCCAUCAAAUCCAAUCUUAUACAAAACUAUUCUAUUUACGGUUUCCGGCAGCCCCUGAUGGCUUGCUGCGGCCACGGGGGUGCGCCGUUGAAUUACGACAGCCGCAUUUCGUGCGGGCAGAGUAUAGUCCUGAACGGAAGUCGAGUGACGGCUGCGGGUUGCGAAGCGGACCGGAAAUAUGUGAACUGGGAUGGGAUUCAUUACACUGAGGCUGCAAAUUGGUACGUUGCUUCCCAGAUUCUUACCGGCAAAUACUCUGAUUCGCCACUUCUACAUAAAAUGCCUUAGGAAGAAACUAUGUACGGUCUAUUUGGUUGUCGAUUGUUUAUUUUUAUCUCAAUUAUUUUGUUUUAUUUUAUUUUUCAAAUUUAUUCAAAAUGGAACCACAUGUAGCGAUAGUGCUUAUAUUUAUAUGUUCAUUUCGUACUGCAAAAAAUUAUGUAGGUUUUAUUUGGCAGAGACAUUAAAAAAUAAUAUUAUUUUAAUAUUGUACUCCCUCCGUCCUAAAUACCAUGUCC